AUGAGCAGGAGCGCAAGUAGUUUUAUUCGUAAAGAGCUCGGCCAUAACCAAUCGGGCUCUACUCUUCAAAGUGUUGAUUCCAACUAUGAAAGAGUUUCAUCACCAAUUUUACAGUAUGAUGAUGGAGGAGCGAGGAAAUUUCAGCGACCUCAAUCAACCAGUGGUAUUAGGAACCGCUCUAGAAUUGAGGCUCCACUACCCCCGCCAUCUAUGGAGGAGUUACGAGCAGCCUCUCCUAUUGCAAAUAGAUCUUCAUCAUCCCAUCUUGCUCAUAGAUCGUCUUCACCCAUUCAAUACCGAGCACCAUCACCAUUAAACAGAAAUGACUCCUCAAAACAAACAAGAGAUAACUUCAAUGAAUCAACAAAUUCAACAAGCAACAGAGUAGAAAGGUAUCAAGCACCAAAAAGGCCUUCUAGCGUUGCAGCUAGCAGUAGAAGCUCAUCACCCAAUACAAUAGACAAGAAACUGAAUCCGAUCAGCAACAGAAUUGAUUUUGACAGCCCACAAGCAAUAAGGGAAUAUUCUCAUACUUCCUUUGAUGCUCCAAGAUACCCGAAGAGGCCUUCCUCGGUGGCGGGAUACUCAAAGAAGAAUUCGUCUGGCACCAGCCAGGCAAACGAGUCAGAAAAUUUCCAUAACACUACCUAUAACACUCAUUAUGUUGUCAACACCAAUCCAAAUCGAUCUACAUCACCAACAAAUUUCUCUAAUUUUUCUUCUAACAGCAACAAGAGCUCUAUUAAUCGAGAGUUGAUCAAUAGUUACUUUGCCAAACAUAAUUCAUCGAACCAAAGCCACGCUGAAAACGAGAAACAUGUACCCGUUCAUUUAAGAAAUGUAGACUUUACCCAAACAAACGAUGUGUUAGAGGUUGUGAAAAACAAAAUUCAUAGCCUUUCCCCAAAUUUAUCAGAAGCAUUCAGGAGAAUUAAACAAGCAACUGGAUACACUGGUAACAAGGUUCGUGCAGAAGAUUUUAAACGAGCCCUUGUAAAGGAUUUUCACUUGCUGGACGACAUUUCAGAGGAAACUCCAAAUUUUAAAGCAGUUAAACACUUUCAAACUGAGCAAAUCAAAAAGCUAGACGAAUUCAUCAAAAUGGCAGACCCUAAAGGUGAGGGGUCGUUCGGAUAUUCUGACUUUAUUCGUGCAAUGGAAGAGCUAGACAGAAAAUUGGGCACCAACUCUACAACUGCUCAACGAGAGUCCCGAUACUGUGGCUCAAUGACGGACGACGCAUUGAAAAGAAGAAGAGAAAAAACUGAGCUUUAUAUUGAGAAAAUGAUGGAUCCUAAAAAAGACAGGGCACCGUAUGGUGUAGCUGACGACCUUGUUAAAAACACGGAUACCUCCAAAUCAGUGUAUUUUACUAGAAUGGAAUCAUUACGGAACACCUUUGGCGUUGAAAAUGAUAAAAUUCCAAUACCUUUAUUCAGGGAUGCCUUAAAACGAUUUGACAGAUAUAUUUUGGAUGUGGAUGUGGAUCAAAUACUGGAAAACAUGGGAGCUAAAAAGAAAGGAUAUAUUUCCCUAAAUGAGUUUAUGAAUCACUACGGUUUCGAGACAAUUAAAAGCAAGUCGUUUAGGAGCUCUUACGAGAACGUUAAAGGGAUCCAAUGGCCCCAAACCUUGGAGUACAAUCCAACAAAAGAAGAGAUCAUGAACAGUAUGAGAGAAAAGAAAAACAACAAGAAAGUUAGAGGAAGGAUAAACAAUACUAGGACGAACAUUUUAAGAGGUGAGGAAAUACGAAGAAACACUCCUUCUUCGUUGUCUGGUAGAAUCUCAGUUUCAAGUGACAGGUCUUCCUCAUCAAUGGGACGUAGUGUUUUAAGCGAGAACAGUGGAAGAUCCACAUCUCCUGUUAGUUUUUUGAAAACGCCUGAUUACCUCACUACUCCAGGCGGUGCUAGGUCUAUUCGUUUAUCAGAUACUUCAUCACGUGCAGAUUCAACACUCAUGUAA